AUGGCCCGCUCGACGAGUGUCCUUGCAGGUGGUUUGCUGGGUGCAGCCUCCCUGGGAGGCCUGGCAUUCCUGGCGCCAGGACAAAGCCGACCUCAGCUGGAGGUGCAGAAGGAGGUGAGCGCUCAGGCUCCCGGCUUCUUGGCCUCCUCUUCCUCCUCCAGCAGCAGCGCUGCACAGGGCGUGACGGGCGCCCUGGCCGUGGCCGGCUUGAGUGUGGCUGCCGUGCGAGGCGCUUCGGCGGCCUCCCGCCAGAAGGGCAUCAAGCCUCGGGCAGCCAAGAGCGUGGUGGCUUGCAGGUCCCUGGCCAAGCUAAAGAUUGAUGAGGUGGACCUGAAGGACAAGCGCAUCUUCAUCCGCGUGGACUUCAAUGUUCCUCAGGACAAGAAGGACCCGAACAUCAUCACCAACACGGCCCGAAUUGACGCGGCCUUGCCCACCAUCAAGUAUGCCCUUGACAACGGCGCCAAGUCGGUCGUCCUGUGCUCGCACUUGGGACGCCCCAACGGCCAGAAGGAUGAGAAGUACUCGAUGAAGCCCGUGGCCAAGGUGGUGGAGGAGAAGCUGGGAAGGCCCGUGAAGCUCAUGUCGGAUGUGAUUGGAGAGGAGGUCGAGGCCGCAUGCGCUGACCCAGAGCCAGGCACCGUGAUCCUGUUGGAGAACUCCCGCUACUACGUCGAGGAGGAGGGCAAGGGUGCGGAUGCGGAUGGCAACAAGGUGAAGGCGGACCCUGAGGAUGUGAAGAAGUUCCGGGCUUCGCUCGCCAAGUUGGCCGACAUUUACUGCUCAGAUGCCUUCGGAACCGCCCACCGUGCCCACAGCUCCAUGGUCGGAGAGGGAUUCCCUGUGAAGUGCUCUGGCUUCCUGUUGGCCAAGGAGCUUGACUACUUUGCCAAGGUCGUGGACUCCCCUACCAGGCCGGUGUGCGGCAUCCUCGGCGGUGCCAAGGUCGCUGACAAGAUCCAGUUGAUCAUGAACCUGCUUGACAAGGUUGACAUUAUGAUCAUCGGAGGAGGCAUGGCCUUCACCUUCAUCAAGGAGGCGGGCGUGGAUAUCGGCAACUCCCUCUAUGACGAGGAGGGCGCCAAGCUGGUGCCAGAGAUCAAGAAGAAGGCCGAGGAGAAGGGGGUCGAGCUGAUCCUGCCUGUGGAUUUCAUUUGCAGCUCAAAGUUUGGCGAUGACGGGGAGAUCAAGGAGGGCGACAUGAGCACAGGCGUCCCAGACGGAUUCCUGGGCCUUGACAUUGGCCCCAAGUCCAUCGAGAUGAACGACGAGGCAAUCAAGAAGUCAAAGACGAUUGUCUGGAACGGUCCUAUGGGCGUCUUCGAGAUGGAGGCCUUCGAGAAGGGCACCAAGCAGAUGAUGGAGACCAUCGUGUCUGUCACGAAGGACGGCGCAGUGUCUGUGAUCGGUGGAGGUGACACCGCCACCGCAUGCAAGAAGUACGACACCGUUGAGAAGGUCUCCCACUGCAGCACCGGCGGCGGUGCCUCCUUGGAGCUCCUCGAGGGCAAGCUCCUGCCCGGCGUGGCUGCGCUG